AUGGAUCUUCUUUGCAACGCAUACUCUAACUCCUCGGAUGAAGAAUCCGAACCCAAACGCGAACCCGAAUACCAACCCGUUAUUCCUCCUCCUCUAAAACGUUUCAAACCGGAAAUCCCAUCUCAAAAUAUCCGAACAGAAGCUCCGGUUUCUGGCAGAUACAUUUCCAAGCGAGAACGAGCUCUCUCUGCUCAAUCGUCUCAGGUCCCCAACCCGGAAAAGAAAACGAACCCGAACCCGAAUCACCCCGCUGUCACUUCACCUGUUCUGGGAAGUAUUAGUGAUUCGGAGAUACCCCGUGAUGUUUUAUCAUCGUUGAGGCAAGCAAACAGCCGUGUAUCGCUAAGUCAAAUACCCAAAAGGCGGGCUGUGGAUUUGCGUAGCCAUACGAAGGCUGUCAAUGCUUUACAUUGGUCUCCAAGUCAUGCUCAUCUUCUUGCUUCUGCUGGGAUGGAUCAAACUGUCUGUGUAUGGAAUGUGUGGAGCAGAGAUCAGAAAAUAGCACGUGUAUUUAGAUGUCAUAAUGCAGCAGUGAAAGAUGUGAAAUGGUCGCCACAAGGAUUAUCUGUGCUUUUUUGUGGAUACGACUGCGCAUCAAGGUUGAUUGAUGUUGAAAAGGGGAUAGAAACUCAGAUUUUCAAGGAAGAUCAGGUUGUUGGAGUUAUAAAGUUCUGUCCAGAUAACUCCAACAUCUUCCUUUCUGGAGGAUCAAAGGGUCGUCUCAGAUUGUGGGAUAUUAGAAGUGGCAUGGUGGUCCACGAAUACAUUCGAGGUCUAGAUCCAGUACUUGAUGUUGAAUUUACCAUCAAUGGCAAACAGUUUAUCUCAUCCAGUGAUGUCUCUGGAAGCAAUGUCAGUGAAAAUUCUAUCAUUGUUUGGGAUGUCUCACGGCAGGUUCCAUUGUCCAACCAGGUUUAUGUGGAGGCCUAUACAUGUCCCAGCGUUAGGUGCCAUCCAUUUGAGCCAUGUUUUGUUGCCCAGUCAAAUGCAAAUUACAUUGCUAUCUUCUCGUCAAGUCCCCCUUUCAGGCUGGACAAGUAUAAAAGGUAUGAAAGCCAUGGUGUCUCUGGGUUCCCUAUUAAGUGCAAUUUCAGCUUGGAUGGUGAGAAGCUUGUAUCUGGAUCCUCAGAUGGUUCUAUAUACUUCUAUAACUAUAGGUCAUCAGUGCUUGUCAGGAAAAUCAAGGCAUACGAGCAAGCGUGCAUAGAUGUUGUUUUCCACCCAGUUUUGCCAAAUGUAAUUGCUUCAUGCAGUUGGAAUGGGGAUGUUUCGGUAUUUGAGUGA